AUGUAAAAUACCAAAUACUGAAUUCACAGAUGUCAAGGCAACAAUCAAUGCAAAACAACGCUUAGCCAAUGACAUACUUGUUUACAUCACGUGACCCGUCUAGGCACGUCGACCUCGACCACAUCAUAUGGAGAUAUAUACAAAGCAGGACGCGGAGUAACAGUUGAAAUUUUAAAAGUCUGAGUUAUCCGUUGAAGAAAGAGAAAUAUGGCGAUAGCUAACAUGAUGCACCAUGGUAGCCCUACAGACAGUUUGCAUAGAUUGCCUUUCCGACUGGAUCGCACUGACUGUUUGGACGAUGAUUUUGAGACGCUCGCUGAAUGCACACGGGUCAUGAAAUAUGAGAGAAAUAGGCGGGAAACUUUCAAAACCUGGCCGGCGUGGAGUUGUCAAAGACUGGAGUGUUUGGCUAAAGCUGGGUUCUACUACACGAAGAUCAGUGACAGAGUGCAGUGUCCAUUUUGUCUCGGUGUCCUCAAGAAAUGGGAGACUUGGGAUGAACCAAUGUCUGAGCACAGACGACAUUUCCCGCAUUGUAAAUUCAUCCAGGGUGAGGAUGUUGGGAAUGUGCCCAUAGAAGACAAUACAGGACUAUUGCAGAAACAAAUAGCACCUACUUGUAUCGGAAGUGAAGCCACAGCUUACUUCAAAAAGGAAGUAAAUCGGUUGGCAUCAUUUUCAAGAUGGCCACCAAAUUUAACUCAAACACCUGAAGUUCUGUCUAGAGCAGGAUUCUACCACGUUCCGUGUGAGGAGAAACCGGACAGAGUGAGGUGUGCCUAUUGCCAGGGGAAACUGUACAACUGGAAACCUGAAGACGACCCUUGGACUGAGCACGCAAAGUGUUUCCCGUCCUGCCCCUAUAUAACGCUGUGUGUGGGACAACAUGUCACCAAGUCAAUGUUCCGGGAACAUGGAGUUGUCGAGGAGAAACACAAUGCCGAAACUGGGAAAGAUCAACAAAGCUCUGCUCAGGAAAAUAUUUCCUCACCUGAGGAUAACAUAACAAAACUCAUGAAGUGUGAGGCAGUUCUAGCUGUGCUACAAAUGGGGUUCUCCCAACAUCUUGUUCGAGAGGUUUUGAAGAGCUACUGCAAAUCAAGUAAAGGAAAAUAUUUCUCUGCACAAGACUUGGCGACUGAUAUUCUUGACAUGGAAAAAGCUCUUGAGACAACAAACAUCAUUUCCAAAACUACUGCUUCUACAGAAAGGACACAAUGUAACAGAACACAGACUUCUAAGACAGACACCAGAGGAAUGUGUGGUCUGCAAAACAACUCAACAUCAAACAAUUCUCCUGUGCUGGAAAACAUCAUGGACGAGAACUCACGAAUUAAGGACCGAUACCUGUGUAAAAUCUGUAUGGAGAGCCCAGUGAGGGUGACCUUUAUGCCCUGUGGUCAUCUCGCAUGUUGUGGGCCCUGUUCCAUGGCAGUGUCCAGUUGUCCCAUCUGUCGGACUCCAAUACAACGAUGUGUUCGGACUUACUUCUAAGACUGUUUAUUAUUUUUGUGUUAAAUACUGCAGGUUUGGUCCCUGAAUUGAAACUUGAGUGAGUGAGGUAUUAACACAGUGUUCAUUGUUAUUUUGCUUUUUGCGACCGGUAUCGAUGCAGGUCAUCCUCUGCUGUUAAAGGUUUAUGUUUACAAAAAAUGUUCAGCUUUUACAUAAUAAACUCUUUAAUAAAACAUAAUUUCUCGA